GCCGCUUCUAUCUCAGACUAUCAGUUCGAAGUCGACUGUCGUUAUUCAGACGCGUAUUUCGUUUCGUGUUGUGGUACGCCGCGACCAAAUUUGUUUAUUUGCAUCGAAAAUACAAACAGAAAGUGCUACAGUCCGCCUGUUUUUUAGCGACGAUGACAAUGUCGUCGAAGCGUUGUCCGUUCUUCUGUUGUUAUAGUUGUUAAGUGCACGAUCGGAUAUUUUUCACGAGGAACAUGUCGGUGAAAAGUUCUGGUUCUCACGACGGCCCGCCGCCUUCCAACGGCGACGUGAUCCGUUCCGGUGUGCUCAAGAAGAUGAAAACGGCGCGCAAGAAGUUCUUCGUUUUGCGCGCGGAAACCAACGAGGCCCUAGCGCGCCUCGAGUACUACGACUCGGAGAAGAAGUACAAGAACGGCUUGCCGCCCAAGCGCUGCAUCCCGCUCAAGACCUGUUUCGAUAUCAACAAACGUCAGGAUACGAAACACAAGCACGUUAUCGCGCUCUACACCAAGGACGAUUGUUUUUGCAUCGUCCUGGACAACGAGGAGGAGUUGCAGGUCUGGCUCAAGGACCUGCUCACGCUGCAGCACGGUGAAGAGAUUCCGGAAGGAGAGGUGCUCAGACCCAAGUUCGGUGAGUUAUUCCGGUGUUAUCAUUGUUCCAGAGAACUUAGGAUACCUAAAUACGUGUGGGAAGUAAAUCUGUGUGCCAGAGGCUUAGGGGCGAGCAGGACAGGUACCUAUAGACUGUGCUUAACUGACAAGACUGUCACGCUGGUCAAAAUCGACGUCCCGAUCCCUACCGUCCUUGAAUUGCCGCUGUCAAGCGUACGCAGCUGUGGGAAUCUCAAAAACUUCUUUUUUCUGGAGGUGGGGCGUUCAUGUAAUCUGGGCGCUGGCGAAUUUUGGUUUGAGGCAGAUGACACAACGAUAGCAUCUAAUCUUCAAAAUACCGUUAGCCAUCGCUUCAAAUUGAUCAGAGAAAAAGAAAAACUGGCUAAUAGCACGGAAGCAACUGAUAUCCAACCUACAAGUCGUACCAGAUCUUCAAGUGCUACCGAAUCAACCAAAUCUACCAAUAAGAAAUUUAAUACUCUGACGCAGAAGGGAUCUUCUGUGUUACCUCCAGAUGGCACUACGUCCGAAAGUAACGUCACCUCUCCAGUAACCACCACUACCACUUCUACUACUGUGAGUGGUAUGGCGAUGAGCAUUUACAACCAUAUCCUGCAGAGAGGCAGCAGUAAGAGACGCCAUUCGAUUUCAGGUGCGGGCUCUGGGUGGUCGGGGGCGGCCAACCACCAGCGCACCCAAUCGCUCCCCCUAGCGACGCCAAUCGCUACCACUUGCACCGUCGCACCGUUAACCGAUAACAUCCUCACCAACGCCACCGCUCUAACCAAUCACCAGCACUCAUCUAAAAGGUUCACCCAGGGAGGACAGAGCAGCGGGAAGUGCAGCUUCAGAGAAAGAUGUGACAGCAUGCCUUCGAGACCUCGUGCUAUCAGCGAGACCAACCAUGCUGUGCCAGGAUGGGGAAAACCUUACUUGUUACCUCACAGGUACCACUUCAGGGAUCCAUCUCACAGUCCUCCUACAGGUAGCCCUAUAAGUCCUCCAUCAGACUCCACCGGCUCAUCGUACAGCCUACCAGACGAGCACGAUGGUUUACACGAGAUAAUAGCAGAAGAGGAAUGCCCAGACUCGCCUAGAGCUAAUCUCCCAGGAGGCAACUACGUACCAAUGAAUUUUCAAAGUCCUCCAGAAAACAACUACAUGGAUAUGAACUUGGCGCCACAAGCUAGCGGCAACCAAAACGUUACCUCAAAUUCGGCCAGUAUGAGCAGCGUUACAUCUGGCACACCCAGUACCGAUAUAAAGUUUACAGAUUACCCAUUGGAUAAAGUUCCUUCCUAUGUAUUUGCCGAUGACGACGAUGCCCGCCCGUACCGCGCAUAUUCAGUUGGUUCAAAGCCUCCGGAAUCUAAUAGCCAGUUGGCCAGUACCCCCGAGAACUCUAGAGUACGAGCGUUCAGCGUCGGUUCCAAAACCAAAAAAUACUUCAACAGGGUCCUUCCCCAUCACAACCAUACACCGGGGGUGAAAUCCAGCAGCGCUCCUCUACUUGCUCCGAAUUCUCGUACAAAUAGCUCCCACGGAUCAAUCAACAAUCCCAUGGAUGACCUGAUGGAAAUGGACUUCUCGUCUACCACAACUAGUCGAUCUCGAAGUAGCACCAACGCUUCCGGAUCUAGCGACGCUAGGUCCUCCUGCAACCACAGAAACAGUAAUCAUUCUAGUAAUCGGUUGAUGGGUUUUGUUUUCGAUUUCUUAACUGGCGGUGGCGAUCAAAACAAGAAGACGGCUACGCCAGAGGGAUAUAUGGACAUGAGACCUGGGUCGAGGACUCAUUCUGGAAGCGAGACGAGUCCCUACGUCGAUAUGAACCUAGGGCAAAGAAAUUCGGCUUAUAUGGAUAUGACUCCGAAUAAUGUUCCUGUGGUGGGUCACGCUUAUGCUGCUUAUAUGGAUAUGACUCCGAAUAAUGUACCUACGGUGGGUCAUGCUUAUUCACCUUAUGUGGAUAUGAGCGGCAACAAUAGUAAUACCCCUCACAUCGGUAAUGGUUUCUCUCCAUACAUGGAUAUGAGUGGUAACAAUUCCACUAGAGAAAACUACAUGGAUAUGUCAGGAUCUAGUCCAGCCCGCAACAGUCCACGAAAUACAAUGCCAUUAGCGGAAUAUGCUCGGCUAUUUGGAAGGGCCAAUUUGCCGGAGAACCAUCGCACCAACGACUACGUGGACAUGAAUCAAACGAGGCGGCGAGCCAAUUCGAAUUCGUCGUCUUCGCGCGCUGUCUCCUCUCCAGGUUUCUGGAACAACACCGCCGACCACAACGCUGACUACCUUGACAUGUCCGGAAGAAAUCGUCGGCCCGACAGGACAAGUUCAUUCAGCUCCCAGAUGUCUUCAUCACCCCAAUUAGAAACCGCGCCCCAGAGAUAUCUUGAGGCGGAAUCUCAACCCUCCUCUCACAAUAUCGAUGGAUACGUCAGGAUGAUCCCUGGAAAUAUUCAGCAUCAUCGACAGAGCAGUUUGGAUAGCUGCGUGGACCCGCACGGUGAUUAUUUGAAUAUGUCCGGUGCGCACUUGAGUGGUGCGAAGAAUGCGGAUGCAGGAAAGGGAAGGUCGCAACCGAUAUCCAUUCACACGACGUCGAAUAAUCAAGGCGUGAAAAACUCAAGUCCUUUGUCCAUUACGUCUUUGUUGGGAGGGAAACUGUCGCCUACCAGUACAACGUCAAAGAUGCAUCUCCCAUUAAGUUCGUAUUCCAGUCUUCCAAGACAAAAGUCUCCGAGAAAGGCAGCUACUAAUGGUUCAAAAAGUAACUCCAGCACUAGCUCCAGCGUAACCACUACACCUUCCAGCUCUUCGACGAUGUUUCCUCUUAGCUUAAACAGCCCUAGCUCGCCCGCUAGUACUAGCAAGGCCGGUACGCCUUCAUUUUCCGGUGUCAAAGUACCCGUAUCAAUCCUUAGCGUUCCUUACAAGGCUAGCAGUAAGAAGAGACCGGACGAAGACGCCUACGCGAUGAUGGAUUUCGAAACAAACUCGCAGCCUCUGGAGGCGAGCAAAGUGGACGAAUCUCCAUACAUGAAUUAUUGUCCUCCGGGUGCCAAUGCCCCUAAGGCUCCCGUUACUUUAGUAUCUCCGUGCGUCGAUACAGUGGGAGACUACGCGAUUAUGAAACCUGGAACGCUGCCAACAAAAUCCACGACAUUACCAAGAACGAAAACGGGUACCGGCUCGGGAUCUGCCUCGCCUUUGUCUAUGCAUUUGUCAACGGUGGCCUUAACCGACAGACAGAACUUAGGUUUUAGGCCAAUAAGAGAAAAGGACGAGAGGAUACAAAGUCCGAGACCGGGAGAUCAGGUUCCAGACAGACUAAGAUUAGAUGACAGAGUUCUGGAAGAAGCCAAUAUGGAUGUAGAAGAUGACUCCCGCAGGUCAGUUUCGGGGUCAGUCUCUCCAGCUGCCAAAAUUUCCAGACCGAACUCUUCCAACUCUGAGAACAUUAAGACGCCACUUCAGAGGCCGGCAUCCAUAUCUGGAUCGGAGAAGAAUUCAAGGCCGCCUUCGGUUUGCUCAGAGGGACUGGCAUCACGUCUAGGUUCAAACUCCAGCGUGUACUCUUCAAGCUCAUCCGCCUCGACGGUUGUAGGCGUGCCGACGCUAGCCGACCUGGCAAGAAUCGAUCAGGCGCACCCCGUCAGGCUACAUUAUGCCAGUUUAGAUCUUACCAACCCCGAUCCAGAGGACAGGAAAAGCCCCAGAACGGUGCGAAACGAUUCCGCGGCGCCCUCAAACGAAACCACUUUUGUGUACGCAGACAUAGACUUUAUCAAAAGCGAAGAACUGAGCAAGAACAAUAGUGGCAACGUCGCUAGUACUAGUACCACCGUCAAAAACUGAAAUUAGGUGCGCUUUUUAAAGUGGCCUAAUGUAUAUGUCGUAUACAAAUAUUAGAAUGGUUUUUAUUUUAAUUAUCGUUAAUAGUGUCUAAGUAGUGUUUUUACGAUUGUAAGUUUUAUUUUAUUUUGAAAUGCCGGAGACCGCUUGGUCUCGGUGAAUAAAUAAAUAUAGAACUUUUUAGUAAUACGCUUAUUAAAUUUAAUUUUGUUUUUGUAGUUGAUUAGUUUAAGGUUAAAAAGCUCUGUUGCCGGGUAUAGAAUAAAUUCUACCGCGUGUUGGAAAUGCGCGUGGUGACAUAAAGCGUGAAAUGAAAUUUUGGUAUGAGCUUGCUUAUUUCUGAAAGCUAAAUAUCUUUACAGCAACAGUAAUAAUUGUUUAUGAUUAAGAUCUUUAUCAAAGCAUUUAAAUUAAGACAACUUUCUAAAUUAAUUGUGGAAGGCUCUAUUCCUGAGCCAAACAAGGAUAAAUGAUUUUUUCUUGUCACGUUUUAUUUUCUGUUGAAGAAUGAUACAGGUACUUGUAUUGUAACAACUGUUUUUUCCUUAGAUUUUUAGAGCAUUCAAUAAGAUAGAAUAGUCUUCUUUGGUAAAUCGGACUAUACAUUUUUACCUUUGGAAAUUAUUUUUAUAUAUCGCUGUUUUAACAUUUUUUAUCAAUUAUUUUAUUAACAACGUUUUAUCGUUGUUUUAACAUCUUUCAAUGACUUCUAAUAACUCAGGCCCAAGCUGGAAGGAACUCCAACAACAAAGUUAUUAACAUUAGUAAAUCUCAAACUGAAAUGUCACUUCUGCGCCUACUAUGACGGCGUUUCUAUUAGAUUACACGAUAUUUCUAUAUUGUAUUUAGGAAUAAAAACUAGGAAUUACCUAAAACUUGUAUCUAAUAAAUGUAAAUUAGUAGGUACAUGGUUGAUAAAAAUCUAAAAAAAUUGAUUAUGCAGCAGAGCUUAUUUUAAAUUAAUUUUUAAACUUCUGUUACAAAUAGACUGAUAAAUUAUUACUUAGAUUGAAUAGGUUUGAUUUGAACACAUAUCUAUAAAAUAUGUAAGUAAAGGAGAUUAUGCGCAAAAAGAUUGUACUUGUUAGUUGUCUAUUUUAUGGAUAUGUAAAAUUGAGAUACAACAUCCUUAGAAUAUUUUUCAGUAAAUAAAUUUACAAAUGGAAGAAAAUGUAAGCAACUUUCAUAUAAUUCGUCGUAUUUUUACAUCUAUGUAGAAAAAUGUUUAUAGUCUUAAAUUGUUGUAAACGUUUAAAACAUAUCAUGUAAGUAAAAAGUAUCCUAUUACAGUAAAUUAACUCGAUUAAUGUAGUAAAAUAUUUUUAAAAAAUAAACUCUUUAUAUAGAUAUUUCGAAAUUUAGUUUAAGGAAGUUUAGAUUUUUUGUAAUGUGUGCCUAAAAAUUAUAUAACCUUCAUAUUGGACAAAAGAAAAAAUUUAAGAAAAUUCGUAAAUAUAUAAGUCUAUAAAAGUAAUCCAAUUUCAAUAUAGAGCUAGCUCUUGGUUAUAUUUGUAGUAAUUUACACUGUUGCAAUUGGUCAUUUUAUUAUUUCACUUACUAAAAAUGUAUUGGAGCAAACUUACCCUUAGUGACAAAUUUUGAUUUAUUUUUAGUUUGUUCUAGGUAUACGACUUUAAUAUAAGAUGGUAGAUAAUAUCGGGAGCUCUAAAAAUUUUCAUUGAUUUACUACACCCUGUAUAUUAUAGCUUAUUAUCGUUUUAUCAAAUAUUAACCAUUUCGGGUGUAAAUUUAGUUGUUUAAAAAAAUUAAAUUAAAAUGAAACAUAACAAAUAUUGUACAGUAUUUUAUAAACAAAGAGUUUCGAACGCUAUAUACAGGGUGGUCCGAACUGUAUUCCGGAAACUUCGGCAGCAUAUUCUGCAGAUAAAAAUAAGUAAAAAUGUUCGUAUAGAUGUAUGUCCAAAAA